UCAGUUGUCACGCGACCGCCUCCAGCUCCGGCCCUUCCCUCUUUACCUCCGGGCCGGCUUGGCUGGUGAUGAGAUACUCGGACCUCAGCUGUGGAAGUGGCGACGGCAACUGCAAUCACGUCCACGACCGCGACCAUGGCCGAGUAUCAAACCCAGAAUAAAGCCAAGCUCAUCUCUGACGUCCGACGGAGGUUCGAAGCUGAGUAUGUGACAGAUAAGUCAGAUAAGUAUGAUCCACGUGAUGUUGAAAGACUACAACAAGAUGAUAACUGGGUUGAAAGUUACUUAUGUUGGAGGCAUAAUAUUGUAGAUGAAACCCUGAAGAUGGUUGAUGAGAGUUUUCAGUGGAGGAGAGAAAUGUCUGUCAAUGACCUGACGGAAGCCUCCAUUCCUAGGUGGUUAUUGGAAAUUGGUGGUAUUUAUCUCCACGGUUAUGACAAAGAAGGCAACAAGUUGUUCUGGAUCAGGGUGAAGUAUCAUAUAAAAGACCAUAAGACCAUAUUGGACAAAAAGAAGCUAAUUGCAUUCUGGUUGGAACGGUAUGCUAAGAGAGAAAGUGGGAAACCUGUAACAGUGAUGUUUGACCUGUCGGAGACUGGAAUAAAUAGCAUAGACAUGGACUUUGUACGCUUCAUCAUCAACUGCUUUAAGGUUUAUUACCCUAAAUACCUCUCAAAAAUGGUGAUCUUUGAUAUGCCUUGGAUAAUGAACGCUGCUUUCAAAAUUGUGAAAUCCUGGCUUGGUCCAGAAGCAGUGAGUUUGUUGAAGUUUACAAGUAAAAAUGAUGUCCAAGACUAUGUCAGUAUAGAAUACCUGCCUCCUCACAUGGGCGGAACUGAUCCUUUCAAAUAUACUUACCCACCACUUGUAGAUGAUGACUUCCAGACCCCGCUGUGUGAAAAUGGGCCUAUUGCCAGUGAGGAUGAAGCUUCAAGUAAAGAAGAUAUAGAAAGUGAUGGCAAAGAAACCUUGGAAACAAUUUCUAGUGAAGAACAAAUAGCUCUUCCUAAAAAGGUUAACAUAAUAGAACCUACUUCCAAAGCAGAAGAGAAUGAAAAAGUUGAUUCCAAAAUGAAAGCUUUCAAGAAACCACUGAGUGUGUUUAAAGGGCCCUUAUUACACAUCAGCCCAGCAGAAGAACUGUAUUUUGGAAGUACAGAAUCUGGAGAGAAGAAAGCCUUGAUAGUGUUGACAAAUGUAACUAAAAACAUAGUGGCAUUUAAGGUGAGAACAACUGCUCCAGAAAAGUACAGGGUCAAGCCAAGCAACAGCAGUUGUGACCCUGGCGCAUCAGUUGAUAUAGUUGUGUCUCCCCAUGGGGGUUUAACAGUCUCUGCCCAAGACCGUUUUCUGAUCAUGGCUGCAGAAAUGGAACAGUCAUCUGGCACAGGCCCAGCAGAAUUGACUCAGUUCUGGAAAGAAGUUCCUAGAAACAAAGUGAUGGAGCAUAGGUUAAGAUGCCAUAUUGUUGAGAGCAGUAAGCCAACCACUCUUACAUUAAAAGACCAUGCCUUUAACAUGUCAGACAAAACCAGUGAAGAUCUCUACCUACAACUCAAUCGUUUACUAGAAAGCAAUAGGAAGCUUGAAGACCAAGUUCAGCGUUGUAUCUGGUUCCAACAACUGCUUCUGUCUUUAACAGUGCUCUCGCUUGCUUUUGUCGUUUCUUUCUUCUACUUGUUGUACAGUUAAAGAAAUGGUGCUCAGUAGGAAACAAGGCUCUUCCGCUCAUUAGUUGGAAAAAGUAAGAUCCAGAACUUCUUCAUCACCUUGAAAAGUGUUGCACAUCUGUGCUUCCUCCAAGGAAAUGUACGGCAUUUAGUUGCACAUCUGUGCUUCCUCCAAGGAAAUGUACGGGCAUUUAGGGGCUGGAACUGUAACAUGUCUUGAAAAAAUAAACUGUUAGAAUAAGGAAACACUGAAGAAAUUGAUUCUAAGAGACUAUAGAUAGUUAGUCGAGUAAGUAAAGGCAUAUCCGUUGUGUGACUUAAUAGUUUAGAGAUAAUUUAUUUUUCCCUUUUGAUUUGAACACUUUUAAAGCUUGUUUUAUCAUGUAUUUAUGUUAGCUGAACAGAAAAGUAACAUGCUUUGUUGCAGCCAAAAAAGUCAUCUCCUUUUUUUUGACAGAAUUAUUAUAGCUGAGCCAACUUAUUAGCUUUUCUAUACUAUGUAUAUAGAGGAACAUGUAUAUUGAAAAAAAAAUACAGAGUAAUUUCUGUAACCAUGACUUUGUAAUUUUGAGAACUACUACCAGAUGCUAGUCGAUGUUCUUUUGGAAUGUACAGCUACUUAAUGCCAAACCACCUUUUAGCCUUUGUUUCUUAUCCGUCUUUCUUAAUGGCCUGCCUGCCUUUUAUUAAUCUCAGACUUUUUAAUGAACACUCACACUCUCAUUUAGGUAGGAUUUGGGGAACCAAGUCUGGCUGGAUUUUCUCUGAAUUCUGUCAGCAACAUCCAGAAGGAGAGCCUCUCCGGUCUUUUUUUUUACAUAGUUUCUUUCCUGUUGCUCUCUCUGGCUGGACUCGGACCCUUUUGCUUCACUUAUUAUAAAGGCCUGAUCCAUUGGACCAUCUUCACGCUCUUUUCUAAAUGAAAGGAGCUAGAUAAAAUUUUUUUGAAAAGUUAGUUUUUGAGAUGCAUAGCAGUAUAAGUUGUUUACAUUUCAGUUCAUUUUUAAAAUCAGCCGUGAGACGGGAACUUGGCAAAAGACUGGAGUAUCUGUAAGGGUGGGGAAAAAAAAAACGAAACUCAAAUGUCAGUUCUCUGUUUAAGAGUGAAAAAUAUAACUCACUGAUCCACUGUAAAACCUUCAGACCAGGGUCAAUUGACUUGCUUGAUAUUCUGCCUUUGUCACAGCAAUACUGAGGAUGAUGCCUCCAUUCCUAACAAGAGACACCUCGCAGGAGCAGAGCCUAGUGAAAGUAGUUUGUUUUCUCAGUAAUAUAAUCAGUUUCAGUCCAUGUUGGUUCACAUGUAAAUCUACUUUAUAUGAAAGAAAAAAAGUCUGCCUGUAAAAUAAAUUUUGAGUUUUGAUUGAGCCAUGUUUGGAGAAUGUUUUAUUCUGAGGUUGUAGUGUUGGAGGCUUUCAUCUUAAGAACUUGAUGAUUCCAAAAUGGCAUUAUGAAGAAUGAAAAAAUAAGAGUUCCUUCAAAAUUGGCCUAGGAAAUAAAACCUUAAAUGGACACUGGUCUGAUACUUUGUCUUAAUUUGGGUUUUUCUGUUUCAGUUUGCCACCUCCAGACGUGAAAGUGACUGCAGCCCACCCUAAGUACUGUCCGUAGUAUCUCCCUGUGUGUGUGCACAGCGGUUUCCCCUUAUAUGUUAGAUUCCUGGCUUUAUUAUAAUCCAAUCCCACACUAUUUGUGUAUGUGUUUUGUUCUUUGGCAAAUAAGUGAGGAAAGAAUUAGUCAAAAUUGGAAAUGUAUUGUCCUAAAGGUGUCCCUUUAAUGUUUCACAUGAAAAUUACAUUGAUUCACUAAAAUGUUUUUCCCUGCUGUCUGGCCAGUUGAAUUUAAUAACAUAUCUUGUUAACAUUUGUGUGUCUAUUAAAUGUGACUAAGCAAAAUUUACUGAAAAUUAACCAUAAAAUCAAAGGCAUCUAAACUUUUGUACUUGUCUUGAUUGAUCAUAUAUAUUUACAUUUGAUUUUAUUGUCUUUGAUUUUAUUUAAUCACAUUUGUAUGAUUAUUUUGAGUACUUUAUAAUUAAUCAUUUUAUUUUUAAUAUGUCAAUACCUGUUCAUGACCAAAUUACCAAGGACCAACAUUUAAGAUUUAGAUUGUUUCCACUUAGAAAUGGAAAUGCAUAGUUUCCAUGAAAACAUUAAUGAAAUAUCAUUAUAGGCAAGUAGCCUAAAAAUAUAAUUGUUAGUAAAGCUAGCCUCAAAUUUCAUAAAUUUCAUAAUAUACCAUAACUGUUUUUAUAUCUUGCCACUAAUUUUGACUGGAUUUAAUAGCACUUUAUUGUAAAAUUGCAAAAAAAUAUAUUCCUAGAAUUGUUGCCAGUGUAAUUUCUCUAAUGUUCUGGUGCUUUUCAUAUAUUUUCAGUAUUUUUAUUACUAUAUUGGUAUUUUCUUUGUAUAAACUGAUCAAAAGAACAUGUUUUCUAUUUUAAUAUGUUUUAGAAAAAUAAUUACAUUUA